ACAAGCUGUUGUUAUUCACAAUCACAGUUGACCUCGUCCGCUUUGUGUUUUUGCACUCGUCUGCCCUGUCUCCACCGCAGAGGCAGACAGCUAAUGAUGAGCCUCAGGGGGAUAUUUAAAGCUCUGGGAAAGCGGAAGCCUGGUCUGCUGUGUUAUCAUCAGCUGAGGGCUGCUAGCUAGCACAGCGCCGAAUAGCAUAUCGCUAGCUAGCUAGCGAGUGUCACUUUGUUCAGCGCUGUUACUUCACACAUAACAGCUAAAAAUGAAACGAGAAGGAAACACGAGGUUGUUAGGGCGGUAAUGCCUGCAGCAGUGAAACGUCUCUAAAGAAGAAGACACGGGAAACCAACCACUCCCAACCUGUGGAGAGCAGAGUUUGUGCUUCCUGCUCCUGAAGUCAACCUUCAGCCCCUGACCCUUUCCAUCCUCACCUCCACCGUAACCAUGACGACAGGGGGGUGUUGCCACCUGCCUGGCUCUCUGUGUGACUGCGCAAGCAGCGCUGGCCUGUGGAAGAGCGCGGAGGAAGCAGGUGGUGACGGGUGCCAAGCGCUCUACGUCACCCAGGUCACGGCCAUGGAUGGGCGGUUGCUCUCCUCUGUGCUCAAACCCAUGAGCACACAAAGUGAUGGUCCCAUCUGUCGUAUUUGCCACGAAGGAGGCAGCAGCGAGGGCCUCCUGUCUCCGUGCAACUGCACGGGCACCCUAGGCACGGUGCACAGGAGCUGCUUGGAGAAGUGGCUGUCCUCCUCCAACACCAGCUACUGUGAGCUCUGCCACACCGAGUUCAGCAUCGAGCGCCGGCCGAGGCCUCUCACAGAGUGGCUGCAGGACCCCGGCCCUCGUAAUGAGAAGAGAACGCUGUUCUGUGACAUGGUGUGCUUUCUGUUCAUCACGCCCCUAGCAGCCAUUUCGGGCUGGCUGUGCCUGAGGGGCGCUCAGGACCAUCUUCAACUGGGGAGCUGGCUGCAGGCCGUGGGCCUCAUCGCCCUCACCAUCGCCCUCUUCACCAUCUAUGUUCUGUGGACCCUGGUAUCUUUCCGCUACCACUGUCAGCUGUACUCUGAGUGGAGAAGAACAAAUCAGAAAGUACGUCUGCUCAUUCCUGAAGCCAAGGAGUCUAACUCUUCCCAGCAUUCCUUGCUCUCUACCAAACUGAUGAAGAAGUCCGCCAAUGAGAGUAUAGUAUGAGACCAAAUGGAGAUGCUUGGUGAUAAUGGUGUCUUUUAUGUCCCCUGCCAACCAAGCCUUUAAAGAAGCACUUGUGGGCUUUUUUUGUUGUUGUUGCUUUUCACACAAAAGAACUGUCUUUGCCCCAUCAGUACUUAAGUCACAUUACUUUUUAAAAAGAAAUCUGCCCUCCUGUGGGUGCAGAAAUAUGUUGAAAUGGGGUCUGGGUGACCAAGCUUAUGCAAAGGCACUGAGGAACGCAACAGCACAUGGAGAUGUGCAGAGGCAUUUGCAGACACAUUGGGACAUCAUCAUGGAUAUAACAUUAAAUAACAGUGACAGCAGAAUAAGACAUGACCAAACUAACUGUAAACUGCUAUUUACAUGUCAUAUCUGGGCAUGCCCUUACCUACAUAGGCCUUGCAUUCUCUGCAAAAUGUUGCCCAUUGGGGAGACCUCUUUCAAGUGAUUGUGUGAUGCCAUAUUAAUCUGGAAAAAAAAAAACAUAGCUCUUUGAUUUAUUCACAAUUCAGAUGCCAGUAUGUUGUCUGAGAUGAAACUUUAGUUUUGGCACAAGCCUAUUGGACUUCUUUCAAGGUUUUCUUUUUAAUCCUUCCACUGUUUUUACAUCUCAUUCAAGAUUAGCACAGCAUUAGUAAAACCAGAGAUUGUGCAAUAAAACACUGUGGACAUCGAGGUCUUCACAGUACACAAAGAGACCUUUCCCAACAUGCACAGUUAUGCAUGCAAGCACUGUUAAU